AUGUCUGAUAGUGAAGAACCGAAUAUCAUAGCGGGGACAAUUUCUGAACUACCGUUUUAUAGAUACAAGCGAUGGCAGUGGUGGUCUCUCGUGGCACUGAGUAUAUUUUUUCUUAUUAUGGGACAAUCUGUUGCAGUUAUUCUCGGAAGAUUUUAUUACGACCAAGGUGGAAAAAGUACAUGGAUGGCUACUUUAGUCCAAACUAUUGGUUUCCCCUUGUUGUUAAUUCCGUUCUUCACAAUUCCUUCUCCCCCGGAAGCUUCAACUUCUUCGGUUCCACCUUCUGUCAAAGUUGUCGCUUUGAUAUAUUUUGUUCUUGGAAUUGUGAUUGCUGCUGAUAAUAUGAUGUAUUCACAAGGACUCUUGUACCUCUCUGCUUCUACAUAUGCACUGAUUUGUGCAUCUCAGUUAGCUUUCAAUGCAGUUUUUUCCUAUUUUCUCAACUCUCAAAAGUUCACUGUUUUGAUCAUAAACUCGACUGUGAUACUCACUUUAUCCUCUUCGCUACUUGCUGUCAAUGAAGAUGCAGAUGCUCCGUCUGGUAUCCCAAAGGGGAAAUAUGUUAUCGGUUUCCUUUGUACUCUUGGAGCUUCUGCACUCUACUCUCUUUUGCUUUCUCUCAUGCAACUGACCUUUGAGAAGGUUCUGAAAAAGGAAACAUUUUCUGUUGUUUUGGAAAUGCAAAUCUAUACUUCACUUGUUGCGACUUGUGCUUCCACAAUAGGUCUAUUUGCAAGUGGUGAAUGGCAUACUUUGCACGGAGAAAUGAAGGGUUUUCAGAAAGGAGAAGUUGCUUACGUAAUGACUUUGGUUUGGACCGCAAUAGCGUGGCAGGUUUGUUCUGUUGGUGUGGUUGGUUUGAUAUUCCUAGUGUCUUCUCUCUACUCUAAUGUUAUCAGUACUGUCUCUUUGGCUAUUACUCCUAUUGCUGCUGUGAUAGUUUUUCAUGAUAAGAUGAACGGGGUGAAGAUAAUUUCCAUGCUUUUGGCUUUAUGGGGUUUUACUUCAUAUAUCUAUCAGAAUUAUCUCGACGAUUUAAAGGCAAGACGUGCACGGGCUGUUGCUUCUAAGCCUCAUGAUGAAUCUUCAUGUUGA